AGACAGAAGUGCCUAUUUCUUUAUCCGAAGUGCCGUUAAGGAUUCCCACAUCCAAGGGUGUGCCCUGUAAGAACCGCCGAGGGAAAGUGUAAACACGCGAUUAGCACGCCAGUCAACAGCUGCUGCUCCUCCCCCCAGCUCCGCCCUUAAAAAGUCAACUCGAAUCCCCCGAUCAAUCAAUACAUACCUCCGAGGAGAUCAUCAGAGAGAGACCCACCAAGACGACCUGCCCCCAAAAAGGUCGCCAGAUCAGACGCCUCGCAAUGGCCCCGGCCGCGACCAAUCCGACGGCCAUCGCGCUCUUCUGCCUCCUCCUCAUCGCCGCCGCCUCCUCCUCCGCCGCCGCCGCCGCCGCCGCGUACACCAACUACACCGUCGGCGGCAACUCCGGCUGGUUCUUCGACGAGGCCACCAACGCCACCUCCGCCAACUACUCCGCCUGGGCCGCUUCCCAGACCUUCAACCUCGGCGACUACCUCCUGUUCAACACGAACACGAACCAGACCGUGAUCCAGACCUACAACCUCACCACCUACCAGGCCUGCAGCACCGACGACGCCUCCGACGACGACACCUUCCAGUACGGCGGGGGCAGCGAGCAGUUCGGGGAGGCGUUGUCCGUCGCGGUCCCGCUGACCCUCGAGGGCCCGAACUACUUCUUCUCCGACGCCGACGACGGCGCCCAGUGCCAGGACGGGAUGAGGUUCGAGAUCGACGUCAAGCACGGCGCCGGCCUGCCCCCGAGCCUCAGCCAGCCGCCGCCGCCGCCCCCGUACGCCGAGCCUCCCGGCCCGGACGCGGCGAACCCGCUGCCCGUCGCGGUGGUGGACACGCCGGGGAACGGCGGCUCCGGCGGGGGCGCGGGCGGGCGCGGGCCAGCGUGGGGCGUCUCUCUGCUGUUGGCGACGCCUCUAUUGUUUUUCUGAAUCUUUUCUUUCUCGCGACUUUGCAAGAGGGCGGGGUAACAUUUGGUAAUUUUCGCUGUUGUCGGAGGGCUUAUGUGGAAAUUCGAACAGGCACAUGUUGGGUCGAUCGGGGGGGGCCCUGUCCUUUUCAGUUAUCGUUGAAUUCGUCAAAUGUUUCGAUUAAAUUACAGAGACAGCUCUAAGACAA